CAGGUCAGUGGGAGACCACAAUGAAUUUGAAAAACCAAAAGGCACACCUACCGGCUUUCACAGCUUUAUAUUAAAUGGCCUGAAGUGUAUAAAUAUUGCACUGGUAUUGGUAAAUUCACUAUUGCAUCUUUGUACCGCAAGAGCGCAGAACAGACCACACAUCAUUGCCAACAUGCUCCAACUGAAAAGUGUCGAUUUUCAUAUGGCAAAGAACAGAUUUGACCAUCACACCAGCGACUAUGCCUCCAAGCAGCUCAUUGUGAGAAGAGGACAAGCUUUUGGGAUAACGCUUUCUCUCAACAGGGCCCUUAAAACUGGAGACAGUGUUACCUUUGAUGUUGAAACAGGGAAAUCACCUGAUGUUGCCAAAGGAACAAAAGCCAUAUUCUCUCUAUCCACAAAUGAAGUCAGUGCAGGGAAAUGGAGUGCAGUUUCCAACUCUACCGACUCAAACAUUCUGACUGUACGGAUCACAGCUCCUGUUACGGCUGUCAUUGGAUCUUACCAGCUGGGUGUCCGUUUAUUCUCUGGAGGAUACACAUCCCAUAAGCUGCCAGGAUUCACCCUACUCUUCAACCCAUGGGCCAUCGAUGACGAUGUUUAUCUGGCUAAUGAAUCAGAGCUAAACGAAUAUGUGCUAAGUGACAGCACUAUCAUAUACUACGGAAAUGAGAAUAACAUUAGUGAACAGGGCUGGAACUUGGGACAGUUUGAGGAAGACAUUUUGGCAAUCUGUUUGCUCAUUCUGGAAAAACAAAAUAUGGUGGAUAUAUCCCUUUUGAAUGAUCCGAAGCAAGUCUCAAGAAUGUGCAGUGCAAUGGUUAACAGUAAUGAUGAAAAAGGAGUGAUCCUGGGUGAUUGGAGUGGAGAUUAUGCUGAUGGCCGCAGUCCUACAAGCUGGUCAGGAAGUGUGACCAUACUGAAACAGUGGGCAAAUUCUGGUCCAGUUAAAUAUGGACAGUGCUGGGUCUUUGCUGGAGUACUAUGCACAGUACUGAGAUGCCUGGGAAUACCAAAUCGCGUUGUCACCAAUUUUUCCUCUGCUCACGACACCAAUGAAAAUCUCAGUAUCGAUGCUUACUUUGAUCCAGACGGGAACAAUCUAGGCGGAUCGGACAGUGUUUGGAACUUUCAUGUAUGGAAUGAGGCUUGGUUCACCAGACCUGAUAUAGGAUCAUAUUAUAAUGGAUGGCAAGUCAUAGAUGCAACCCCGCAAGAGCAAAGUUUUGACAUUUAUCAGCUUGGACCAACAGCAGUGAAGGCAAUAAAGGCAGGAGAUGUUCAUCUGAACUAUGACGGUCCUUUUGUAUUCUCUGAGGUAAAUGCAGAUAAGAUCGCCUGGAUCUACCACACAAAUGAAGAUUCUUUUGAAAGACUUGAGACUAACAAACGCUCCAUUGGAAAAUUUACCAGCACAAAGGCUGUCGACUCUAGAAAUCGCAUUGAUAUUACUUCCAGCUACAAAUAUGCAGAAGGCACUGCAGCUGAAAGAGAAGCGUACCACAAUGCCCUAGUAAAUUUAUACGGAAGGCAAAACUUUGAAAGCAGUGAGGGCGAGGCAACAUUGGCAAGAUCAUCAACUGCUGUGCCCAGGGAAAGCAGAGUGAGUGCAGUCCCCAUUGAAGUGAUAACUGCAAAGUUCAAAGAAAUAGAAACCCCCAGGCUUGGCCAAGAUAUUGAUCUCACAUUGGUUCUGUCCAAUGGAAUGUCAUCUGACAAAACAAUAACAGUUAUUUUCAAUGCCAAUAUCACUGGAUACACCCGAAGAAUAAUGAAAAAGUUGAUGAUGAAGUCUGAGUCUGUUUCAAUGGCUUCCAAAGAAGAAAAAGAAAUUUCAUUCAAGAUCCCUUUCAGCAAAUAUAUAGAAUGUCUCCGGGAUGAUAAGGUGAUAGAUGUGACAGCUCUGUGUAAGUGGGAUGACACAAGGAAGCUGCUUAUAUCCAAAAUAAUUACUUUAAAAAACCCAUCACUGAACAUUAAGAUUCUCGGAGAUGCUGUUGUAAAAAAUCCACUCACUGCUGAAGUCACAUUCACUAAUCCACUUGAUAAGAAUCUAACAGACUGUAAAGUUUUGGCAGAGGGCAGUGGACUCAUUAAAGAGCAGAUUGAAAACAAAUUUUCACUGAAGCCCAAAGAGAAGAUAACUGUGAAAUUUGAAUUUAAGCCUUACACGACGGGCUCCAAACAAUUAAACAUUGUGGUUGAUUGCCAAACUGUCACUUUCAAGGGUUUCCUGAUCAUUGUGGUAAAAGAAUCUUAAGUUCCUGGCUGAAAUUUCAAAAUAUUCCAUAUGACAAUCUCAAGAAUGUUGCUUUUGUGGUAAUCUAUCAUUCUGUACCAUUUAAUAUUUAUGUAUCAAGUUGGAACAUUAUAUGUUCUACAUUAAAAUGAUUAUUUUCUUUUUCACCUCAUGAUUUGUUAUCCCCUUGAUCUGUAAACCGUACCAUCUAUUGAAUUGUUCACUUUUUUUGUUACUUUGAAAAUACAUAAUAAAUUCCAUUUAAAAUUAUUAUUUUAGCACUUAAAUAAUAACUGAAGGCAAUGUUUUGUUUAGUUUUAGAUUUGAGAGGGAUUAAAACACCUGUCAGAUGUUCCCGAUUGGGAGGGUCACCCUGUCUAUUUGUCCUGGUGACCAUAAUCAUUUAGCAUGGAAGUAAAAUAAAAUCUCAAACUUUUGAGUGGUCACCAGAAAAUCUUGCAAUGGAGACACUAGUUAUCUUCUCACUCCCCAAGUGAGAAGAUAACUCACUUGUGGCAAAAACAUGACGGAUUAUAAGGCCUCGUUGACAUGGGACAUACCUAAAGAAUAUGCCCAGCACAAGGCUGUGCACAGAUGUCAAUUGGGAUGCAGAGGCUGCACAUAUACAGACAUCUGUUCACAGUCUUAUCUAUAUUCCCAUCGCAUACUUUCCUGGAUCACAAGGCUCUUCAAUAAUGGGCACUGUAGCGAUUAUCAGCCGGACACCGGAUACAUUGAAAAUCAAUGCAAAUAAUCGCCAGCACACCAUGGAU